GCGGGGGGCAGCUUUCGGGAGCGGCGUCCGCCGCCCUUUCAUCUGCUGCGGGGCUGCCGCGCCGGUUUCGUGCUUUCCGCCACACGCCUGCCCGUUAAAAGAGGUCCACCCUUGCUGGAAGCACCGCUAGAGCUUCUGCACGGCCGCGAUGGCGUCGGCCUGGGCUGCGCCGGCCCACGAGGAACAGGGUGCGCUUCUGGAAGUAAAGGUGGAGGAGGAGGAGGGGUACAGGAAUACCACCAGACGGGAUCAGAACCUGCAGAAGAACAACACCCACAGCAGGGAGGUCUUCCGACAGUACUUCAGACACUUCUGUUACCAGGAGACGCCUGGACCCCGCGAGGCGCUGCGCCGGCUCCGCGAGCUGUGCCGCCAGUGGCUGAGCCCAGAAACACACACCAAGGAGCAGAUCCUGGAGCUGCUGGUGCUGGAGCAGUUCCUGACCAUCCUGCCCGAGGAGCUCCAGGCCUGGGUGCGGGGACAGCACCCGGAGAGCGGGGACGAGGUGGUGACCGUGCUGGAGGAUCUGGAGCGGGAGCUGGACGAGCCUGGAGAGCAGGAUGAAUGUGUCCACCGUGUCCCUGUCCACACUGGGCAACAGGACACGCUCUUGCAGGAGACGGCCCUUGUGGGAACAGGACGGGAGCCCGGCAUGUCCCUCCCAUCCGGGGUUGCCCAGCUGAAGUGUGAAUCUCCAGGAUCUGGAGCCCAGCCGGAGGAGCAAGUUUCAGGUGUUGAGACUGGAAAUAAGUACAGGAAUUUAACUCUAACGCAAGAAGUGUCUGAAGAAGCGGCGCCGCAGGGGAAUAUGUGUAGCGGAUUUGAAAGGGACAUGUCCCAGUCGGCUAGGUGCAGAGAAGCGGACGGAUCCGAAGCAGAAACAGAAGAGUCUUCUGGACACUCCAGGGAAGGUGAACAGUCUGCGGGUGAUGAGAACAGACUCCGUCUGACUGAACAGCAGAGGGUCUGUCCAGGAGAAAAACCUCAUGAGUGCGAGGAGUGUGGAAAAGCCUUCAGUCAGCACUCGAACCUCUUAGAACAUCAGAGGGUCCACACUGGAGACAGGCCCUACAAAUGUGAGGAAUGUGGGAAAACUUUCCGUGGGAGAACCGUGCUGAUUCGGCACAAAAUAAUACACACCGGAGAGAAACCGUAUAAAUGUAAUGAGUGUGGCAAAGCCUUUGGCCGCUGGUCAGCUCUUAACCAACAUCAGAGGCUCCACACAGGAGAGAAACACUACCACUGUAACGAAUGCGGCAAAGCCUUUAGCCAGAAAGCGGGCCUCUUUCACCAUCUCAAGAUCCACACGAGAGACAAACCAUACCAUUGUGCUCAGUGCAAUAAAAGUUUUAGUCGGCGUUCAAUACUCACUCAACACCAAGGAGUUCACACUGGGGCAAAGCCCUAUGAGUGCAGCGAGUGCGGGAAAGCCUUCGUUUAUAACUCCUCCCUGGUUUCCCACCAGGAGAUCCACCACAGAGAAAAGUGCCAUCAGUGUAAGGAGUGUGGGAAAUCCUUCAGUCAGAGUGGCCUUGUUCAGCAUCAGAGAAUCCACGCUGGGGAGAAACCUUACAAGUGUGACGUAUGUGCAAAAGCAUUUAUUCAGAGGACAAGCCUUGUAGAACAUCAGCGAGUUCACACUGGAGAGAGACCUUACAAGUGUGAUAAGUGUGAGAAGGCCUUCACUCAGAGAUCAGUUCUCACGGAACACCAGAGAACCCACACCGGAGAGAGGCCGUACAAGUGUGACGACUGUGGGAACGCCUUCCGAGGCAUCACCAGCCUCAUUCAGCAUCACAGGAUCCACACUGGGGAGAAACCCUACCGAUGUGACCAGUGCGGCAAAGCCUUCAGACAGAGGUCAGAUCUUAGCAAACACCAGAGAAUCCAUAGUAGAGGUGCUCCCUCUAAUGAGUGUGGGGAGUCGUUCAGGCAGCCCUCAGCUCAUAGGCAGCAGCGGACUGUCCACGAAGGGGAGGAGUCUGUUUCUGGGAUGACCUCGGGGACGCUGUGUCCCAGAGUACAGGCUGGAGAGGAAUACUAGCUUGGGAGUGAUUCCAACGGCAGUCACCGUUGCUACAAGGACACCUCAGACGUCUUGUAAAGGGUUCGCCGUGUGCCGUGCGUGACAUCAGCUGGUGUGUAGGACAGAGAGCGUAACACGAAAGUCCUCUUCUCGCCAGUUUACGGUGGAGCCUGGGGUCCGUCAGGUCACGUGUGAGCUUAGAUCGGACUGCAGGACGGCAGAAGUGAUCUGAGCCGCAUGUCCGUGAGGUGGCGGGUGGCGGCCAGUGCUGUCCGUUCUGAAGGACGGAUCACCAAUGCCUGAGCGGGUCAGCCAAGAUUGUAUUGAAGAUCGGGGUUCAGUGGGCAGAUUUGGAAGGCGGGGUGGAAACCAGGGUAAAGCCCACGUCGGGGGAGGCGAGGACGCUCGGGGCUUGUGGCGCCAGUGACAGCCUGAGGUGGGGCAUCUGUUCAGGUGGGCGGUGGCGGAGAUACCCUGGGAACGGCUUGGGCCGGGCUGGGAGGGCGCGGACGGUGCCUCUUACAAAAGGCACAAAGCACUUUUCUUAAUUCCUAAGAUCUGCCUGUAAAUUAAAAUCCUUCUCUGUUUUAAAAGUGAGGGUACACCUGCUUGUGGAGAGGGUGACCUAGCUACAGUGUCACAGGGAGGGGCCGGCAGUAGGUCUCUGACUUGUCCUGUCCCUUGCUCUCGUGGUUCUCCCCUUCAGUGCACGUCAGAGUCCCCUGUGGAGUUUGGUUAAGAUGCCUGCGACCCCCUCACAUCCUGCUUCGUGAAGUCUGGGGCGGGGGCCGAGAAUCCCCAUUGUCCAAGCUCCACAGUCACCUGAUUCUAAAAUUCAAGGAACACUGCAUUGAAUCGCAGCUGCCUUCAUGGUCGCCUGUGAGGUGGGGGAGCGUCAACACGGGCCACUAAACACAGGCCACUGCAGAUUCUUAGCUUGGGGAAAGCUCUGAAGGACAGGAGUGAACAGGGAAAUUAGACAGCCAUCCAGCAUCAGGGGCUUCGGGACGGCCUUUCCACCUCUUCCAACUUAAGUCUUAGGAAAUCGGAGACUGACCUACAUUGUGAGGCACCCAGGGGUCACCAGAGCACAAGGCUGUGUGUUAGUUAGGGGAGAGUGCUGGUGUUCUGGUUUGCUCCUAACCUCUGUUUUUUCCCAGCUUAUGUUCUGAAUUCCCUAAUAGUUGCUCUUCAAAACUGGUUUACAAUUUUUUGGUUUGUAUACCUUCUUGAGCACAUAAAAGAGCCAAAGAUUAGUGACUCUAUCCCUUGAGGCUUGUGCAAAAACAUCAACCAAAAGCUAGUUGACCGGACUCCCGUAUCACUGAGUAAGCAGUUCUGUUGUAGAUGAGGGCCGGCCUGUGACUCAGUCGUGGACAACAGGCACGCACACGUGACUCCUGCUCAGUUUAUCUUUUCUUCUUUUUCUUUUAAUGUUUAUUUAUUUGGAGAGGGAGUGAGA